AUGCUCCGUAGCUCUCUGCGCUACGGCGUUCACAAGGUGGGCUACACUCACCCUCACCACCUCCCGGUCCCAUGCGCGCAGCGUUGGGACCUCCGACUCGCACGUGCGCGCAUCUUUCAGGAGUACAUCGAGGAGAAGGCACCGGGUGCGUGGCAGUUGGAGGACGAGCGCCACAUGUCACCGGAGUUCAACACUUUCACCGGGUACCCAAUGCGCAACUUGCGGCCAGGCUACGGCCAGAACCUGCCAGAGUUCAUCAUGAAGAAGCGCUUACCGAACAACACGCACUACGAGCUGUUUGCCCGCCGCGACAUCCCCAACGAGGACAACGCCAUGUAUGGAAAGCUUCUUUAUGACAUGACCAUUCACGGCACGUCCUUGCCAUCGAUCUAUCGGAUGCAUAAGGACAUCAACAAGGCGCAGCGCAACGACCGAAAGCUGUCUGGCAAUCGCUUCAAGGUGCUCAACUCUAGCGGUGCCAAGAGCCCGCCCUCUGGCUUUGAAGCGAUCCCUGACGCUGUAGAGGAAGAGGAUGAUUGA